UGGAAAGAAAAGCAUUACCACGUGUAAGAGCUGCUUCACUCUCAAAUGUUCUUGAUCUGCAUGUGUACAGUGAAUCUGAUGGAUUUCUGGCAGUGCCAGCCCAACAAGAUGCACACACGUGUUCAGGAGAGCAGACAGAAGGCUGGAGUCUGGAGUGUGUGUUGCUGCACAGUGAUUGAUGCAGCUUGCCUGGGGACAGGCUGUUUCCAUGUCUCACCUUCAGGAGAUGGCCUCUUCUAAGUCUUUGAUGAACCUUCUGACCUUCACUUUCGGCUCAGCAAUAGGAUUUUUUGUGUGCUACCUUCUGUUCAGCAUUAUACUAGAAGAACAGGUUAAGAUCCAGCCUCAUGUUCUUCACAAUGAUCCACAUGGUCAGCACUCAGCAGAUACUGACAACAAUCAGCUGCAAGGACAAAUGAAUUUCAAUGCAGAUGCUGGACAGCAUAAAGAUGAGGAUAAAAAUAUUGCAGAAGGACUGUAUCACAAAGUGAAAAUACUGUGCUGGGUCAUGACUGGACCUCAAAAUCUAGAAAAGAAAGCCAAGCAUGUUAAGGCCACUUGGGCCCAACGCUGUAAUAAAGUACUUUUUAUGAGCUCUGAGGAAAAUAAAGACUUCCCAGCUGUGGGCCUAGAAACCAAAGAAGGCAGGGAUCAACUGUACUGGAAGACUAUUAAAGCUUUUCAAUAUGUAUAUGACCAUUAUUUUGAUGAUGCUGAUUGGUUUAUGAAAGCAGAUGAUGAUACAUAUGUUAUAUUGGACAAUUUGAGAUGGCUUCUUUCAAAAUACAGUCCUGAGCAACCAAUAUACUUUGGGAGAAGGUUUAAGCCUUAUGUGAAACAGGGCUACAUGAGUGGAGGAGCAGGAUAUGUUCUGAGCAAAGAAGCUCUGAAGAGAUUUGUUGCUGCAUUUAAAACGAACAAAUGCACUCACAGUUCCUCUAUUGAAGAUCUGGCACUAGGAAAAUGCAUGGAGAUCAUCAAUGUGGAAGCAGGAGAUUCUAGGGAUACGAGUGGCAGAGAAACCUUUCAUCCGUUCGUUCCAGAACAUCACUUAAUCAGAGGAUACCUACCAAAAACAUUCUGGUACUGGAACUACAAUUACUAUCCUGCUGUAGAGGGUCCUGGAUGCUGCUCUGAUCUAGCAGUUUCAUUCCACUAUGUUGACUCUGUGACUAUGUAUCAUUUGGAAUAUUUGAUUUAUCAUCUUCGUCCAUAUGGGUAUUUGUAUAGGUACAAUCCUGAUUCAUCAAAGAAUCCAGAAGCGCAGAGCAAAAAUGAAGCACUUGAGAAUGAUCAAAAGCUAAAGCAAAAAUCUUCUGAGAGCUAAUUGGAGUUUGAAGAAACCAAAAAGAAGCCAGUACCACGAGUAAGAGUCUCCUCAAACUUGUGCAUGAAGCUUGCGGACUGAAAUUGCUCCUGGCGAUUCUUAUUUCAAAAAUCAAGUUGGCAGCACUUCCAGUCACCCUGUGUACAGUAGAGUCUGGUGCUGCUCUGACUGCUUGGGGUGGUGUGACCUUGCAGCUCUGCCCACAAAGAUUUGGGGCCCUAAAGCUGUGAAUUUGGAGGUUGUUCUGGUACAAUAAUAUUUGGGAGAAUUUGUAUGAAAAUCAUAGUGGACAGGUUCAGAGAUGAUCGUACCCCAUUUCUGUUCUCCUCUAUUUCCUUUCUAUUAAGUCAGUUCUAAUAUUAGAAAUUGGAUGCUGCCCAGUCAAACACAUCAUGAUGGCUUUCUGAAGUAUUCUCAACCUCUUGAAGUUACUUUCUGUACCUUGCCCUAAAAGUAAGGCAGAGACAUGGAGUUAGAUUCUCCAGUCUGCUUUGCCUUAACAACAGAGUGGCAGAAUUUCACCCACAAGAUUAAUCUGAAUUGUUUGAGAAACAGAAUUCACUGCUGUGAAUUACUUAUAAAGUUUUAAAUUCUGUUUUGGAAAACAAUAUCAAGUUUUCGGGGAGGAAUACUCUUCUGGAGAGAAACCAGAAACAGCUGCUGUAGUUUAAAUUGCUGAGGUGAUGCAAGCUGCUUACAUAUUUGCCUGUGGCUCUUUUUUUUUUUUUCAGUUUUAUUAACUUAUCCUUUUGGUUGAAUGGAUAUAAAAAUUCAUCUUAGCAUUUCUCAGCCUAAGGUAGAUGCUUUUGAAAAUAAAAGUCUGUUUUCUAUUCUUUCAUCCCACCUGCCACAUAAACCAGGAAGAAUAGGAUCUUAGUGAAGUUGCAUUGUAACAACUCGGUUUGGGCCACUAUUAUAAUUAGUUUGUUUCCAUUUUAAUUUUCACUAGAGGUUAAAAUCCUCAGAUCGAGAAAUGUCCUAUUUUAAAACUGCACCAAAGCCAGUUUAUUUGGUUCAAGUACUUAAUUUCACUUUUCUGAACAUUUUUUUCUUCCACUUUAAAAUUUUUUUCUGUAUCUGCUUCUUGUUACCUUUUUCAGCACAAAGUGUUAAAUGAUUCUUUUUUUUACUGUUUUUGGAGCUGAAGUGCAUAGUUAUUCAUGUAAGCAGGCCUGAAUGCAGGAAUCUUUCAAAGUGCAUUAACUUUUUCCACGACUUCAUAAGUAUCUCUGCCCUUAACUUUCUUGGGGAGGGACAAAACAGUUGUUUUAAUUACUGAUUUUUUUUUUUCCUCGGAGAUCAAAUGUAUGUUUUUAGAGUUAAUAUAAAACCUUCUGGUUUUCUCCUUUUCAAAUUGAGUGAAUAGCAGUAUGGAGAAUGGGAUUAAGCGUGACAUGUUGUGUUUUAUUCCACACUUGAACAGAAGUUUCUUCAUCUUUGUUAUUUUUCACUUUCAUCAUAUUGAUGAAUUUGGACAUAACCUAAUUACCUCCAGUCUUUGUUUUUAAAAGGGCACAUAGUGGUAGCAGACAGCCUUAUUUACUACUGCUGGUCCUUCAGGAUGUUCCUGGAAGAUGAUGUUACCAUAAAGUACUGGAUUUUUUUUUUCCCAAAGGUAGUUCUAGUACAGAUUGGAGUCCUUUCUGUUGUCCAACAGUAAAGUCAUUACUUUCUUUCUGAGCAUUGCUCUGCAGCACAAUGGUAAUUACUGAAACAGCUCAUGGUGUUGAAAUGCUGCAUGCAUCUUCUCUGCCUGAAUGUAGGCUGAGUUUAUCUAUCAGGUAUUGGUUAAAUAGUUCCUGCAGGGUUAAAUCUGUUGGUCUUUUUGAGCAGCACAAGCUUUAUUUUAUGUUAAUUCUACUUAAUUCAGUUAAGUAGACCAUUAAAACUGCAUUGGUUAAAGAAAGGAGAAAGUCUCCAGUUUGCUGUAGUCAGAGGGAUGCUUGUCCAGAGGACAGUGGAUGUUAACAUGCUGAAAGGUGCUUCCUUCUGUGAGCUAAAUGUUUAUCCCACAUGCAGCACAAACCAAUUGUAUUGUGAAAUCCAUAUGGAAUUGAUAACUCCAAUGGCAUUGUUCAAACAAUCAGUUAAAAUAUUCAGGAAUACUUAAAGAAGUUUCAAAAUGAAAUUGAGAUCCCAACCUAAUCUCUUUGUAAAUUCAGCCCAUGUAAAAGAUCUGUUGAGCUACUGUACAGUUUCUUUAUUUCUUUCUCUUUCAGUUCAUCCAUGGGGAUUUAAAGAUUUUCUACCACAACAGGCAGAACUAAUUCUGCAUAUUUUCUGCAGAUUUGUGUCGUGUGUUUGCCCUGUGAUGUCCUGUGAAGCGUUUCCUCUUCAUGUUCCUUACUGCCCUGACUAUGCUGUGUCUGGCUUUCCAGUUUCAUCCAGCAUGUCUCAGGUGGACAGGAGGAAGCAGGAUGUUUGAGCUCCACACAGGUUGUUUGCUGGGAUAACAAGGCAAACCAGCCACUGCUGAGCUCAAGGUGAAGCCUUUUCUCAGCAGCAGUUCUAGUUCAUAUCUGCUGCCCAGCUGAGGCUUGUGGGUUUAGCAGAGCAGGGUGGGAAUAUCCCCUUCCACAAAAGUAAAGGAGCAAGUUCCCUUUCUGAAGGGAGUAAGACUAAGGACAUACUACCUUGUGAGAAAUGGGUGGCCUGUCUGGAGAAAUAAGUAGCCUUUUCUUUAAAUGUCAGUUUUUGUUUUAAAGUGUCCUUGUGCAUAGGCCUCUGAAUCUAUUUCUUUUGCCUUUAUAACAGCACUGCAAAGAAUUAUUUUUCUUUCCAGACAAGCUAGAAAAGUAUCAGGUUUUACAUUCUGUGAUUAUAACAGAGUCCUGUUGUUCUCUGUUGAAUUGUAUUGCCAUAACCAUGAGCUGAUACCUCUGAAAUAAUUGGUUUCUAUCUCACUGCCUUCAGAAGCCUCAGUGGACAAGGUUGGAAUGUGAACAGUAUAAUUUUCAUGUACAAUAUUGUUAUUGUUAUAUUUCUAGAGUCCCAUACUGUUGUUAUCAUAUUUCUAAACUCCUAUACCUCCUUGGUGUUUUCUUACAGCUAUAGAUCUUCACAGCACAAACUCCUUCUUCUGCAUGCAUUUUCUUCUUUUCCAGGCUCUCCCUGACCAGCCAACCCACCCCCUUUAUCCCAGCUACCUUCAUUAGCCACAGCUGCCACCUAAUUAAGGACAUCACAGCUGCAGCCCAUCAAGAACAACCAGGGCUUAUCAGGGAAAGGCCUAUAUACAGAUAUUCAAGUACAAUAGUGAUAUUUUACUAGACUCAAAGGCCACCUAUACUAUAUUUCCCCCUUUUCUUUUACUUACAGAACCAGGUUUUACAUAGAGAUAUUUACAUAUCCUGCUUAGAGUUAACAGUUACACAGAUAUUCAAGUACAAUACCAUACGUUCUCCUAUGACUCAAAGGCCAUGUUCCUCCCCACAGCUCCUCGCUCAAAGGCCAUGUUCCUCCACAGCUGUUGGCUGUCUUAUCCCUGGCAACUCUCAGACUGCCUUUUCUUCCACAGCUCCUGGCUCAAAGGCCAUGCUUUUCCACAGCUCUUGGCUGUCUUAUCUCUAUCACAUCGGGGUUACCAAUUGUUGUUACGAUAUUUCUAGAGUCCCAUUGUGUUGUUAUUAGAUUUCUAGAGUCCCAUACCUUCUCUCAGUGUUUUCUUAUGGCUGCAGAUCUUCACAGCACAGACUCCCUCUUCUGCAUACUGUUCCUUCUUAAUCAGGGGCUCCGCUAAGGCUCUCCCUGACUGGCCAGCCCACCCCCCCUUUUAUCCCAGUUAUCUUCACUAGCCACAGCUGCAGCCCACUGAAGGACAUGGCAGCUGCAGCCCAUCAAGAACAACCGGGACUUACCAGGCAAGGCCUAUAUACAGAUAUUCAAGUUCAAUACAGAUAUUUUACUAGGACUCAAAGGCCACCUAUACUAUACAAUAUUACACUAAUAUUAGUAGUCUGCUAUUUCACUCUUGGGUCUUUGUGCUUUGAGAAAGUGUUUGCUGAGUUUGAGAAUUUUUGCAGCCCAAGGAGACUGUAUUUCAGAUGGAGAGACUUCCUGAGGCACAGCUAUGUGGGCUUACUUAGGCCAUGCAGAUUAUUUCUCUGUGGUUUGGUUUCUGAAAGAUGUUUCUUGAUUUUCUAAAACCGAAAAGCUUUCCUUGGCACCAUAGUGAUUUAAAUUACCCAUCUAAAAGUUUUGAACUAUUUUCUUGAAAUUACUAGGCAGUGGAUGUGGGAGUGUCCCCCUGUGUGACAGAGUAACAUUUUAACUUUGUGGUUGAAUGUGAUUUCACUUAAGAAAGUGGUUAAUGUGAUUUCACUUCAGGAAAGACUGACAAUGGCAAGAAGCUACUUUCUGAUCACUAGUCUUAAUCAGAGGAUAGUAUUAGUGUUUGUUUGCAGAGGAGAGUAUUAAUCUUUGUUUGCAAAAAAAGACCAAUUUUAAUCUUCUUUUACUCCCAAUUAAUUUUUGCAGUCUGUGUUAUUUAAGAGAUUACACUGGUGAUUAUACCAUCUCAUUUUGUGGAAGCUCUUUUCACAGUACUUUUGCCUUUAAGGACACUGUCUUUGCUUUGCUUUGCUUUGCUUUGGUGGGGGUGUAUAUUAAAAAUCACUUUUUCUUCAGCUGUUACCAUUUGAUCUGUCAUGCUUGCAGAAGUAUAAAUGUCAGUAUUUGAGUAGCUGAUUGAUAGACCUGUUAUAAAUGCUUUGUUAUCUGAGCAGGGUGUUUUGUCUUUGUAUGACAGAAAAGCGUGGGUUAUUUCUCUGCUGUACCUGUUACUGAUGCUGACAGUGCACGCACAGAUAAAAAUAGACCCCUCAAUACAGGACCACUAGGAAAGGCAGUCUUUGUCCUUUUUCUGUCAAGAAAUCUUCUGUGGAACUCCAAAAGUGUAAUUUGCUUUGUUUUACCAUAUUGUAUUUAAAAUACUCCACAAAUGUUGUUAAUAGUCUAAAAGAAUUAAAUAUUGCUGCUGGACAGUAUGCUCCACUUAAAACCUGUGAAUGUUUCACUUUGCAAUUAUAGAUACUUGUGUUCCUAAUGGCAGAUAAAAGUUGGUGAUUUGUCUGGAAUGGUCACCAUAUGGAUUUGUUUCUUAAAUACCUUCUUUGAAGUGCCUUUGACCAAUUUUUAGCAUCAAAAUUAAGUUGAGAAUUGAAUAAAUAAAAUAAGUUAUCUCAUA